CCUUCAAACGUUCCUAUCGAUUCUAAUAGUGUACAUACAGAGUGACCAGGCGUAUAAUACGAUGUUCGCCGUCGAAACAUGCUAGUUCGUCGGUAACGGUACUUGACUGAUUGUCGUCCAGUAACUGGCGUAGCGUUUGUUGCCGUUAAAAAAGGAAUAUACCGCCUUUUUAUUUUAUUUUACUUUUUUUUUAACCGUGUCUUCAAAAUAAUACGAAAAAUGUCAGAUGACGAAGAUAAAUUGUGGUGUCAUUCGCGGCAAAACUGCGUCGUGCAACCGCUCCUGACAGGUAUUUCUAAUGGAUUUAUAUCAAAUUACAAUGGCAUAUGCGUAUUGGAAAAGUGGAAAAAUGAAUGAUCGGGCUGUAUUCGAUUUAUAUUUUCGUAAAAAUCCUUUCCAAGGAGAAUUUACAAUCUUUGCUGGUUUGGAAGAGUGUAUUAAAUUCUUAGAAAAAUUUCGAUAUUCUUCUAGUGAUAUCAAAUAUUUGAAAUCAACAAUGCCAUUAUCGGUCGACCAAAGAUUCUUUGAGUACUUAAAAGACCUUACCCCGAAAGAUGUUACAAUAUAUGCCAUAGAAGAGGGUUCUGUUGUUUUUCCAAGAAUACCAUUACUAAGAGUAGAAGGCCCAUUAAUAAUGGUACAGCUUUUGGAAACAACACUGUUAACCUUAGUUAACUAUGCAAGUUUAAUGGCAACUAAUGCAGCCAGAUACCGGAUGGUUGCAGGGAAGAAUAUAACAUUGUUAGAAUUUGGCCUUCGAAGAGCUCAGGGUCCUGAUGGUGGAUUGAGUGCAUCUAAGUAUAGUUAUAUUGGUGGUUUUGAUGGUACUAGUAAUGUAUUAGCCGGGAAGCUUUAUAAUAUUCCCGUAAGCGGAACUCACGCACAUGCAUACAUCACAUCCUUCACUGGCUUCGAUGAUCUACAGGAAAAAACAUUGGCGCAUAAAGAAACUGGAGAGGUUUAUGAUCUUCUAGAGUUAGCUUACAAACAUCGGGAUUCCAUUGCUGCUGAUGUAGGGACACUAGUUUCUGAGGCUUCUAGUGGAGAAUUAGCUGCUUUGAUUAGUUAUGCUAUUGCUUUCCCGCAACGAUUUGUCGCUCUUGUAGACACAUACGAUGUGAAAAGUAUCGAAGCCUCGGCCAAGAGACAGGCACGUAUAGCCAGCCUAAAUGUAAAGAAUAAACGUCUAACAAAUGGGUCCAAUACACAUGCCCAAAAUGGUGUUAAAAACAAUCCAAUUAUAUCAGAAUCGACUUCACAUCACAAGAAUGGCUUUUUAAGACGAGGCGAAUUGGGUGAGCUCUAUGUGAGGAGUGGUCUUCUAAACUUCUGUGCAGUGGCAUUAGCUUUAAAUGAUUUGGGUUAUAAAUCAAUUGGUAUAAGAAUUGAUAGCGGCGAUUUGGCGUACUUAAGUAAUGCUGCAAGGGACAUUUUUGAAAGAAUUGCUGCCAAAUAUAACAUACCUUGGUUUGCAAAAUUAAUGAUUUGUGCAUCAAAUGACAUUAACGAGGAAACUAUUCUAAGUUUAAACGAACAGAGCCAUAAGAUUGAUUGUUUUGGAAUUGGAACGCAUUUGGUGACAUGCCAAAGGCAACCAGCGUUAGGCUGUGUUUUUAAGAUGGUUGAAAUUAAUGGUCAACCCAGAAUUAAACUCAGUCAGGAAGUUGGUAAAGUAACAAUACCAGGAAAGAAAGAUUCAUUCAGAUUAUAUGGUGCAGAUGGAUAUGCUUUAAUUGAUCUCUUACAAAAAUCCACAGAGGAAGUUCCACAAGUAAAACAAAAGGUUCUUUGUAGACAUCCAUUUCAAGAGUCAAAGAGAGCUUACGUUAUUCCAACGCGAGUAGAGUCAUUACAUAAGGUAUAUUGGAAAAACGGUAAAUUAUGUCAACCGUUACCUACGUUGCAUGAAAUACGAAAUAGAGUUCAGGAGUCUUUAAAGACACUUAGGAAUGAUCACAAAAGAAAUUUUAAUCCUACACCAUACAAGGUGGCUGUCAGUGACGAUUUGUAUAAUUUCAUACACGAUUUGUGGCUACAAAAUGCACCUAUUGGUGAACUUUCGUGAAGUUAUGAAAGUCAUCAUUGAAAACUAAUUAGAAGAAAAACAUAGUUGUUAAAGCAGAAAUAAACCGUGUAUUCAAAUGGCCUACGCAUCAGAUUAAAUCGAGGGUUUCAGAAAUUUAUUGUUUACACUGUUUGGAAAAUCACUAUUUGUACAAGCAUAGUUUGAGUAUAGUAGUAUAUUUUGAUAACUUAUACAAAUCAUCCUACAGUAUGUUUAUAUAGUUUUAUAAGUAUAGCACGGAUUAUCUUUAGGAAAUGGUGCAAUUUUAUAGAUUAUACUAUAAACAUAUGAUAGUAUUUAUUCUAAGCAGAACCUACCUUCGAUCCUUAGUAACGUAUAAAACGGGUACACGUGAAUUAGCGAUGCACAAUUUAAAAAAAAAAUAAUAAUUUUACAUUUAAUUGAACAGAGAAGAUUAAAUGUA